UAAAAGGAUUAAAUCUCAAAUUUCAGCGCAGUAGAAGGAUUAAAACCAUGAUUUGACCUAAUAAUUAUAAGGAUUAAUGCAACUUUUUCCCAUGAACUUGAUAAUUAGGUUCACUUUGAUACUUGUACUUUUUAUUAGUCCACUUUGGUACCUGAACUUACAACUAAGUCCUUUUUUAUCCUGAACUUGGAAAAAUUUUAAAGUUUGAUUAUAUGACUCUCUGAGAUCGUGUUAAGUCCACUUCUUUUAGGUGCCGCAUCAUUGAACUUUUACAUUUUUCCAAGCUCAAUGACCAAAAUGGACCUAGUUGCUAAAUUCACUUACCAAAAUGGACAAAAAAAAGUACAAAUACCAAGUGAAUUUAAUUGCCAAGUUCAAGAGCCAAAAAUUAUAUUAACCCUAAUUAUAACUUAGUGUAAACAAAGCCAAGAGAUUCAUACUAUAUUUUGGUUUUGAUACUUUAUUCCAUCUCUCUAAUCCAUGGAAACAAUUGUUAGCUUUCUGGUUAUGGGAGGCAAGGAAAGGAAUCUUCUCAAAAAGACAAAAUGAAUAAUAGCAGACCAAAAGUUUUCCUUUUACUUUGUCUUGUUAAUCAAGUAAUGUAUUCCCUUUCUCUAAAUAUAAAUUUUAAGACAAGUGGAUCAAAACAAUAUUCUAGUUUGCUUCCUUGUCAAUUGUCCAAGGAGCUGCUUUUCUAAGUGCCAACAUAAUGCAAGGAUUGAUCCAAGGACUAAGAUCUUGCUGGCAGGAAAGAAUCAAGCUAGCAAUUCUAAGAAAUUCGGGAGGACAUAACCGGAAAAACAUGUUCUCGCGUACCGGUUCCGUGGAAACAGAGGAAAAGGGAUUAGAAAACAUUACAGUAGCAGAUGUAUUGAUCAGUAAAGGCAAAGAAAACGUCGGGUCUUGGCUUUGGUGUCGGGUCAACGACAAUGUCGAUGAUGCCAUGAAGAAUAUGGCACAACAUAACAUUGGGUCAUUGGUGGUGUUAAAACCAGGAGAUCAACUACAUGUUGCAGGGAUCAUCACAGAAAGAGACUACUUGAGAAAGAUCAUUGGGCAAGGGAGAUCACCAAAAUACACAAGAGUGGGGGAAAUCAUGACAGAUGAGAACAAAUUAAUCACAAUGAAAUCUGAUACAAGCAUUCUUCAAGCAAUGCAACUCAUGACAGACAAUCACAUACGACAUGUUCCGGUGAUAGACGGGAGAAUUGUCGGCAUGGUUUCAAUAGUAGACGUUGUACGAGCUGUGGUGGAACAACAAAAUGGUGAAUUGAAACGACUCAAUGACUUCAUUAAAGGGGAAUACUACUAGAACAAAUACAUUUCUACAAUAUAGACGUCUUCUUUCAUUUCAUUGCAAUGCAAUUGUAGUUCAAUAAAACCGAAAAUUGCAUAUAAUUGACAUAAUUUGAUUCUUCUACUGUAUGAAA